AUUUGCCUCCCUCCUCCUCCAUGACUCCUCCUCCAGCGCUCCGCUCGGAUUCGCCGUGAUUUCAUACCGAAGUCAUACUUCACAUUCCAGCUUUACUGUCAAAUCAGGAGAAAUAUUUCUUCAAAAACAUAAGCGUGGUUUGCAUUUGUAAAUGAGCUUAUGAGAUAGAGCUUGAAAUCCUUUUUUUUGCGCCCAGCAGAGCAGAGGUUUGAGUUUAAGUCCUGGGUGUGAGGGCUCACGUAGGGGCCCAGGUGGAGCCGCCACCAUUGCAGCCAACGAGUGGAGCGCCAACGAGAGCCCGGAGGAGGGGCAGGAGGAUGGAGUGGAUGGGAUGGACAAGGCCGGAAUGGACGGGGAUGCGGAGGGCGUCUGGAGCCCUGACAUCGAACAAAGUUUUCAGGAGGCUCUGGCCAUUUAUCCACCCUGUGGCCGCAGAAAGAUCAUCCUUUCAGACGAAGGAAAGAUGUAUGGUCGUAAUGAGUUGAUAGCAAGGUACAUAAAGCUGAGAACAGGGAAAACCCGCACAAGGAAACAGGUGUCUAGCCAUCUGCAGGUUCUUGCACGGAGAAAAUCUCGCGAGAUUCAGUCUAAGCUGAAGGCCAUGAACUUGGAUCAGGCUUCCAAAGACAAAGCCCUGCAGAACAUGGCCGCUCUGUCCUCCGCUCAAAUCGUUUCUGCCAGUGUGAUGAAGAGUCAGUUGCCUCCUCUUCCUCAGCACCCCUACCCUCCUCCAGCCAGGUUUUGGCCCGGCCCCAUCCCAGGACAGCCUGGACCUUCUCAGGACAUCAAGCCCUUUGCACCGAGUCCGUACUCCAGCCUUCAGCCUCCACUGCCUACGCCCAUAUCGAGUAAGAGCAGUGCUGGGAUUAUAUCUGAACUCAGACUGACCCCGCGGCCUAAACCAGCAUGUUUCUCAAUAGGUUACGAGCAGUUGCCCACCCCCCUCCCCCCGACCACCACUGCCAUGCCUGUGUGGCAGGACCGGACCAUUGCCUCCGGUAAACUCCGCAUGCUGGAGUACUCUGCCUUCAUGGAGGUCCAGAGAGACCCUGACACUUACAGCAAGCACCUGUUUGUCCACAUCGCCCAGACAAACCCCUCGUACACAGACCCUCUCCUGGAGGCCGUGGACAUCCGUCAGAUCUACGACAAGUUUCCAGAGAAGAAGGGAGGGCUGAAAGAGCUGUAUGAGAAAGGCCCUCAGAAUGCCUUCUUUCUGGUCAAGUUCUGGGCUGAUCUGAACAGUAGUAAUGUUCAGGAUGGCGCAGGCUCGUUCUAUGGCGUCAGCAGUCAGUACAGCAGCGCUGAAAACAUGACCAUCACUGUGUCCACUAAAGUCUGUUCUUUUGGGAAGCAGGUGGUAGAGAAAGUUGAGACAGAGUAUGCUCGUGUGGAGGGCGGGAGGUACGUUUAUCGGAUCCAUCGCUCACCCAUGUGUGAAUACAUGAUCAACUUUAUCCAUAAACUCAAGCACCUGCCAGAGAAAUAUAUGAUGAACAGUGUCCUGGAGAACUUCACUAUACUGCAGGUUGUCACAAACAGAGACACACAAGAGACUUUGCUUUGCAUUGCGUUUGUGUUUGAGGUGUCUACAAGUGACCACGGAGCACAGUAUCACGUUUACAGACUCGUCAAGGACUGAAUGACCGCUGUGCCCAAACACCUCCAGACGCUGGUCAUCGAAUGCGUACGAACAAAAAGAGGAAAAGAAAUUAGACAAACCUGAAACCAUCAUGGACAAAACACAAACCGGGAUCCUCUGCACUAGGUUGUGUUGUAUUUUUAGUCAUGUUCCUUAAAAGGAAAGGAAAUGUACUUUCAGGGAUAAUUCUAUUUCUUGCUUACUGUUUUGUGAGAGGAGAGGUCUUGAAAAUCUGUGGUGGGUUAAUUUUGAUUAUGACCCUUGUCAUGUUUAUGGUACUAGACUCUGAAGGCACAAAGGUCUUUUUAAAAGCGAUCGUAUUGAAUAGGAAAGGAAUGCUGGUUGAUACAAGUCUUUCUCUAAUCAGGAACUUUGUGAUAGCAUAUGUUUGUUCUGACUGUCCUUUUUUCACAAUCUUUGGCUCAGACACAGAAGCCUGCUACCUCUGACCUUUGAUCGGGGUUCAGAUUGUGCUCAGAAGGAUGCGAAAGUCUUGUAAAUAAAAACAGUUUUGUAUAGGAAAAGACACUGAAUGUUUGUUGUGAUGGAAAGCGCAAGUUACAUGAAUGUCACACACUUUUGCAAGUUUUGCUCUCGAUUUGGCUUGAUUUUCUGUUUUGGAAAGUGCAAAUGUGUGAGUUAUUUCUACCUCCUGGUGUUACAUGGAUAUGCAAAGUGCAUUUGGAGUAUUUUUACUGCAAAUUUUUGGUUUGAAAAAUGGAAGCUUGUUUCUGCCACGGAAUAAAAAAAAGAAAUAAAAAAGAUAAUUGCAACAUUUUUUCACUUUUUUUCUCCCAAUUGCGAGUUUAUAUCUUUAUAAAAUUUAUAAAAAUGAGUUUAUAAAAAUGCGCAGUUUCCAGAAAAAAUGUUGAAUUGUGAGACAUAACUUACAAUUGUGAGGAAAAAGUCGGAACUGUGAUUAAAAACUCACAAUUGCGAGAAAAAAGUGGAAAAAUCUGAAUCGUGAGAUAUAAACUCACAUUUGUAAGAAAAAAGUGGCAUAUAAACUUACAAUCGUGAGAAAAAAUUAGAAUUGUGAUUAAAAACUCACAAUUAUGAGCAAAGUCAGAAUUGUGAUCAAAACACAAUUGCAAGAAAAAAGUAAUAAUUGUGAGAUAUAGACUCACUUUUGCAAGAAAUAACAUAAUCGCGAGGAAAAAGUCUGAAUUGUGGAAUAUAAAUUCACAAUUGCGAGAAAAGAAGUCAGAACUGUGAUAAAACUUGCAAUUGCGAGAAAAAAAGUGGAAAAGUCUGAAUUGUGAGAUAAACUUGCAUUUUUGCGAAAAAAGUCUGAAAUGCAAAAUAUAAACUCGCAAUUGCGAGAAAAUAGUUAGAAUUUUGAGAUAUAACACAAUUGCAAGAAAAAAGUCAGAAUUGUGCAAUAUAAACUCGCAAUUGCGAGAAAAAAGUGGAAAAUCUGAAUUGUGAGAUAUAAACUCACAUUUGUGAGAAAAAUCUGAAUUGCAGCAUAUAAACUCACAAUUGCAAGAAAAAAUUAGAAUUGUGAGGAAAAAGUCAGCAUUGUGAGAUAUAGACUCACUUUUGUCGCGAUUACUCCCCUGGUGGAAACAAGCUUCCAUAAAAAACCAUUUAGCCAUAAUAAUUAUUGUGAAAGACAGUACAUAUGCAUGGUUUUACUCGAUUGCCCUCAUUUUGAGUGCCUUACCACUUUUGUGUCUACUUUCGCCAUACUGGCGAGUAAGCAGGAAAGUUCAGGUUACAUAGUCCAAAACAAAAGAGGGCAAAUUCGUUAUUUUAUAAUGGGGUUGCAGCGAGACAACACAAAUCUCAGCAUGUAACACUUGUUUUUAAUUUCUCAUUGUUUCAAAUCUAAGAACUUUAUGCUAAUUACAUCAUCGCCAAAGCAAUUACACUUAACUGGGUGCUUGAGUAAUUUCCUAACAAAAACAUUGUAUUUUAAUGUAAAAUUGUAAUAUUUCAGUUUUUUGAGUGUGAAAAGGCAUGUCAUUGGUCAAAACAGGAUUUUGAACAGCACAAAGUGAAAUUAACCUUUAAUUCCAUAUCAGAAUGUGCAAUAAGAUCCAGGCUAUUCCAAUCCAUGUGUUCUCAGGUUCUUUCAUUAAUGUAGAAACACUCUAGGUUUGGAAUGUUAGUAUUUACAGUAUGUGGAUUCAUUACUCUUUUUAUUGUUUAUGAUCCACACAUGGCAUCCAUCUUGGUGAUGACGGUUUAUCGAUUAUUUUUUAAACCCACAAUCGCCUUCAGUGGUUAGUACAUAUGAUUUUAAAGACGAGCGCCUUGACACUGUGUCAGACGUAAUCAGUAACAAUCAUCUGAUUAUUUAUGGCAUCAUAUUUUGGUACAUUUAUAUACAUUUGUUCAAUGCAUUAUGAAGAGCACAUGUUGCAUAAAGAGGACUGUCUAUUUAGUUGUACAUUGAAGUCUAAUCUGUAAUAUCUUAACCAAAGAAUCAAAUGUGAAUAGCAUCUGCCACAAAACCCAGUCUUGCCUUAUGAUGUACUUUUUAAAAUGACAUUUUAAAAGAAAAAUCAUACUUUUGUGUGAGAGUGUGUGUUUUUGUGUACUUGGCUGCAUAUGUGUGUGUAUGUGUGUGUGAGAGAGAGAGAGAGAGAGAGAGAGAGAGAGAGAGAAAAAAAAAUAGAAAUUCUUUUGAAAUUCUACAAAUUGUUUUAUGUAUAUUUUAAGAAUGUUACAGGAAAGGUUUUUAUGUCUAUUUUUUUUUUCUUUUUUUUUUUCAUCUUUAUUUUAUUUUAUUUUAUUUUUGCUUUGUUCCAAUAUCAUUUUUGUUCUGGUUAAUAUUAAAUAAGGGUUGUAACAUCUACAGUGUUUCAUGUAUUUGCCCAUUAAAGUGACAUUGGAGCCCUGGAAGUUAAAAUCUCCAAGUUGCUAUUGUUGUUAUACAUUAAAUCCAACAAAAGCACAUUUUACACUAUAAUGUAAUGAUAUCAUUAGGAUAAUUAAUACUGUUUUAUAAUUACACUACUCUUAAUGAGGUCACGUUUAACUGCAUGUAUUAAUGAUAUUAAAGAACAUUGGGAGAAAAAAA